CAAGCCAUUCAGACUGCCACCCGCGCCUCUGCGCGCACUGCGUUGAGGGCUGCCGCGACCAGGAGCGGCGCGGUGGGUGUGAGGUACAGCAGCACCAUGCACGACAACGACCCGAAGACCUUGGAGCUCGAGAAGCAGCGCAACCUCGCUGGCAAGCAGCACCACAGCGCGUCCGCCCCACACGAAGAGCACGCUCCGGGCUGGAACGAGCACCUCGCAUCCGCGUCGGAAGCGUCCGUCAAGGCCGACCAAGCCCCGCACGGCGACCCCGCCGAGAUGCAGCGCAAGACCAUCGACGGCAUCAAGCGCCGCCACAUGCACGACGACAGCUCCGAGCCCACCACCGCCUCCUUCUCGCGCGACUCCGUCGAGGGGCCGUUGUCGCAGGGUGGCGCCAAGGAGUUCGUGAAAAAGACCGUGCACGAGGAGACUACUGAAGUUGUCAAAGAUAAGAACUUCAACCCGACGAUGGCCGAGGAGUUCGUGAAGGCCGACCGGGGAGAUCUAUGAGCUGGGUCGAAGAACGUUGGAUUGGAGCGGGUAGCGUCAAGUUGGAGCAGUCGCUGAAUCUGUAUCAUCCUCGCACGAAGCCUCGAAUUAACCAUGUACCAUAGUCAAAUCAGGACUUACCUUCGCAUGCACAAGUUACCUACCUUUACCAUGUACUAUACUCUUGCCAGUCGCUCGAAUGUCACUGUGCUCUAGUCUUCCAGCGCACUCGUCCGUCUUCGAUUGUGGUAUGCGAGG